GUUUCGUAGUCUUGUGAGACCAAGUCAGGCUCGGAGAUACAUAGAGCUCUGUGGUGAGGCUUGGAGGACAAUCGUCGCUAAAACAGUCUAAGCUGGUUUGCAAUUGUGCAACAACAGCAACGACAACAAGACAAUGGCCGACGACGACGUUGCAGCUCUUGUCAUCGACAAUGGUUCUGGGAUGUGUAAGGCUGGAUUUGCCGGCGAUGACGCUCCACGUGCUGUGUUUCCCUCCAUUGUUGGGAGACCUAGACAUCAGGGAGUGAUGGUUGGUAUGGGACAGAAGGACAGUUAUGUCGGCGAUGAGGCCCAGAGCAAGAGAGGUAUCCUCACCCUCAAGUACCCCAUCGAACACGGAAUCGUCACAAACUGGGACGACAUGGAGAAGAUCUGGCAUCACACUUUCUACAACGAGCUCCGUGUGGCUCCUGAGGAACACCCUGUCCUCCUGACAGAGGCUCCCCUCAACCCCAAAGCCAAUAGGGAGAAGAUGACACAGAUCAUGUUCGAGACCUUCAACUCUCCCGCCAUGUAUGUAGCCAUUCAGGCUGUGUUGUCCCUGUACGCCUCAGGUCGUACUACCGGUAUUGUGUUGGACUCUGGGGAUGGUGUGACCCAUACAGUCCCAAUCUAUGAGGGUUACGCACUUCCUCAUGCUAUCCUUAGGUUAGAUCUUGCCGGACGAGACCUUACGGAUUACCUCAUGAAAAUCCUUACAGAGCGUGGUUACUCAUUCACAACCACCGCCGAGAGAGAAAUCGUCAGAGACAUUAAGGAGAAACUGUGUUACGUGGCUUUGGACUUUGAUCAAGAAAUGCAAACCGCUGCGUCAUCUUCUUCACUGGAGAAAAGCUACGAACUGCCGGAUGGUCAAGUCAUUACCAUUGGUAACGAACGCUUUCGGUGUCCGGAAGCUCUAUUUCAACCAUCUUUCCUGGGGAUGGAAUCUGCUGGAAUUCAUGAAACAACCUAUAAUAGCAUUAUGAAGUGUGACGUGGAUACCGCCAUGUAUGUAGCCAUCCAGGCUGUGUUGUCCCUGUACGCCUCAGGUCGUACUACCGGUAUUGUGUUGGACUCUGGGGAUGGUGUGACCCAUUGUGUACCCAUCUAUGAGGGUUACGCCCUACCUCACGCCAUUCUUAGGUUAGAUCUCGCAGGACGAGAUCUCACAGACUACCUCAUGAAAAUCCUCACAGAGCGUGGUUACUCAUUCACAACCACCGCCGAGAGAGAAAUCGUCAGAGACAUUAAGGAGAAGUUGGCAUAUGUCGCCCUUGACUUUGAACAGGAAAUGUCCACAGCAGCUUCCUCCUCAUCUCUGGAGAAGAGCUACGAACUUCCCGACGGCCAGGUCAUCACCAUUGGCAACGAGAGGUUCAGGUGCCCCGAGGCUCUGUUCCAGCCAUCAUUUUUGGGAAUGGAAUCGGCUGGUGUUCACGAAACGACAUACAACAGCAUCAUGAAAUGUGAUGUUGACAUUCGUAAAGACUUGUACGCAAACACAGUUCUGUCCGGUGGGACCACCAUGUACCCUGGUAUCGCUGACCGUAUGCAGAAGGAAAUCACCGCCCUGGCUCCAAGUAGUAUGAAAAUCAAAAUCAUUGCUCCACCAGAAAGGAAAUACUCCGUCUGGAUCGGUGGCUCCAUCUUGGCUUCUCUGUCCACCUUCCAACAGAUGUGGAUCAGCAAACAGGAAUACGACGAGUCUGGUCCAUCCAUUGUCCACAGGAAAUGCUUCUAAAUAAAAAAAA